AACACUGCUGGUUUCUCUUCUUGAUACAAGCAGAUUUGCCAGCCUCCUCAGUCAAGAGAAGCAUCCCUCCAGAAACAGGGAAACAUGGCACUUUUGAAAGAAUGCCAAACGGUAUGAAAAUAAAAACAGAGUAUUCCCAUUUGCACUGGUCUCCAAUCUCCUGUAAGAUUCAAAAGGGCAAGUGAGAGGCGGUGACAUUUCAUGGAAGCUAAAAUCCCAUGCUAUUGAACAUGAAGACUUCUGAUGCUUAAAUCCCAUUAACUGCUUAGAUCCCAAUUUCUAGCAGUAAUAUAGUCUGUGUAAAAAAUUCAGUCUACAACCACUCUCUGAAUGCAUGGAUGAGCUGAUCAGAACGUCAAAAACCAAGGAAACCCUAAGAGAGAAGAAACCUAAUAAAAAGAAUUUAACAUUGAAAACGUACAAGGCAAGGUCCCUUCCCCUGCUUACAGCCUAAGAAGUGAUGUAACUGCCACUGUAAAAACAAUGACGAUGAACAGCAUGUGCAUUGAAGAGCAGCAUGCCCUGGACCACUAUUUGUUCCCAGUGGUCUACAUAAUUGUGUUUAUAGUCAGCGUCCCAGCCAACAUUGGAUCUUUAUGCGUAUCCUUUCUGCAAGCAAAGAAGGAAAAUGAACUAGGAAUUUACCUCUUCAGUCUGUCACUAUCAGACCUGCUGUAUGCACUGACUCUGCCGCUCUGGAUCAAUUACACUUGGAAUAAAGACAACUGGACUUUCUCCCCCACCCUGUGCAAAGGGAGCGUUUUCUUCACCUACCUGAACUUUUACAGCAGCACAGCGUUCCUCACUUGCAUUGCCCUGGACCGCUACUUAGCAGUCGUCUACCCUCUGAAGUUUUCCUUCCUAAGAACAAGAAGGUUUGCAUUGAUUACCAGCCUAUUUAUCUGGAUAUUGGAGUCCAUCUUUAACUCUAUCCUUCUGUGGAAAGAAGAAACGAGCGUUGAAUAUUGUGAUGCGGACAAAUCUAAUUUCACUCUCUGCUAUGACAAAUACCCUCUGGAGAAUUGGCAGAUAAACCUCAACCUGUUUAGGACGUGCAUGGGCUACGCAAUACCCUUGAUCACCAUCAUGAUCUGCAACCAUAAAGUCUACCGAGCUGUGCGGCACAACCAAGCCACGGAGAACAGCGAGAAGAGGAAGAUCAUAAAGUUGCUGGCGAGCAUCACACUGACUUUCGUCUUAUGCUUUACCCCCUUCCACGUGAUGGUGCUCAUCCGCUGCGUCUUAGAGCGCAGCAUGAAAGUCAAUGACAGGUCUGGAUGGCAGACGUUUACGGUGUACAGAGUCACAGUGGCCCUGACGAGUCUAAACUGUGUCGCAGAUCCUAUUCUGUACUGCCUUGUGACUGAGACGGGGAGAGCUGAUAUGUGGAACAUACUAAAAUUGUGUACUAGGAAACACAAUAGAUACCAAGGACAAAAGAGGGACAUACUUUCUGUGUCCACAAGAGAUACUAUAGAAUUAGAGAUUAUAGACUAAGAGGUGGGGGCAGGUUAAGUUACAUGGUAUUAUUUAAUAAAACUUACAUUAUGGGAAAGAAAUCUGGCAUAGGAGAACCAAGCGUGAAUACUUUAGUCUACCCCAGUGGAAAUAGUUUUAAGGUACAGUGUAUGACUCCUAUGUUGACUUUAUUAAGUAAGGUAUAGAAAUGUAUUAUCUUGUAUGUAUUCUAAUGACUAGGCAUCAUUGUUUUAGUACCGAUUCUCUUUGUCUCUAUGCUAUAACCCCGUAGAAGCACGCAGGACUGUUCGUCUUUGGAUCAGUGGCCAUUCUAUCUGACCACUAUGAUUUUUUUGUUGUUCUUCUACUUUGGGUUUUCAGUCGGUCUGCAUCAGUCUUCUCCCCUGUAUACACCUGUCUUCAACAAAUGUAACUACUAAAUACUCCUAAUCACAUUUAUUAUCAAGUUUUUUUUUUUUUUGAAGUCAUUCCUUGUACUGGGAUUUUCCUUUCAGUACUUACGGGGUUAUAAAAGAAAUGUUCUCAUGACCUUUCAUGAAGAUUACAUACAUUUGGGGAUCUAGUCACUGAGUCACAUAAAGUAAAAGUAAAUGGAUUUUGUAUUUUGGUCU